AUGUCCCGGCUGGACUUCCUUAAGGCCUCGCACUUCUCGCUGGGGCCAGACUUGCGGCUGCACGAGGGUACCAUGCGCACCACGUCGCACCGGGACUUUGCCUACCCGGCUGCCACCCGGGAGCCGCCGAGCCUGCAGCCGCCGCCCGCGCUGCUUUUCCCAAUGGACCCGCGCCGGGACCGGGAACAGCGCGUGUCGGAGGCGCGCCGCGCGUUCCCGCCGCCGUCCACGCCGCCGUGGGAGCUGCUGCAAGCGCAGGCGCGGGAACGGACGGUCGCCAUGCAGGCCAGCAACCUGCACCUGCACGAGGACGCGCACGCCGGGAUCGGCCUCUCCAACGCUCGCACCGCCUACGGCUGGCCCGAGCUUCCGGCGCGCACCCGAGAGCGGAUCCGCGGCGCGCGCCUCAUCUUCGACCGCGACUCCCUGCCUCCUGGCGACCGCGACAAGUUGCGCAUCCCGCCCACCACGCACCAGGCGCUCUUUCCACCCCACGACGCGCGCCCGCAGCCUCGCGCGCCCAGUUACCACCUCGGGGGCCCCAACACCCUCAAGUGGGACUACACGAGACAAGAUGGGACUUCCUACCAAAGACAGUUCCAGGCCCUGCCCGGCCCACCUGCCUUGAUGUGUAAGAGGGCCUCCUCCAGAGUGGAGCUGGGAGACUGCAAGAUCAGCUAUGGAUCAACCUGUUCGGAGCAGAAACAGGCCUACAGGCCCCAGGGUCUGCCUGAAGAUAGGUAUGACAACGCCCAGGCCGCAGCCCACAUCCACUAUGUAAAUAUCCGUCCUGGUGACGGCCUCUUCCGCGACAGGACCACCAAGGCCGAGCACUUCUAUGCCAGGGAGCCAGAGCCUUUUGUUCUUCACCACGAUGAGACUCCGGAGUCGCACAUCCUGAAAGGAAAUUGGUGCCCCGGCCCCGGCAGUCUGGACACCUUCAUGCAGUACUUCUACGGCCAGCCGCCACCCCCGAACCAGCCACCCAGCCGCCACGUGCCUCAUGAGAAAUUGCAGAGUCAUGUGACCCUAGGGGAGCCAAAGCUACUCAGACGCUUCUUCAAGACCACCAUGGGCUCGGACUACUGCCCCUCAGAGUGGAGGCAGGUGCAGAAAGCGCCCAACCUCCACUUGCAGCGGAGCAACCUGCCGCGGGGCACGGGCGUCUUAACCAUCCUCCUUGGUCAAACACUGGCCCCGCCCCCACCAGCUAGCCUGCCCUGCCUGGCCCCGCCCCCUGACUCAUCAGGCCUGGAGAUCCUGGGGUGGACAGGGUGGAUCGGCCACCUCUCAGGCUGCCCUGCCAGGCUGUCCACCCUGUCUCCACAGUGCAAGUACAGCCACAUGGAGCCCCCUCUGAGUGGACUGCGCUUCUUCUCAACCCAAUACAAGGACGAGUUUCCUUUCAAGUACCAGGGCCCAGCAGCCCUGAGACUGAAAAAUCCUCAGGAGGGCUUCGUGCCCCUGGGCACGCCUCACCAGCAUGGCUGCAAGGAGAAGAUAGACCCUCGGCUCCCCCAGCCCCCUAUGUACCUGUGCCCCAGCCAGCAAUAAAUACCAUCCUAGCAACAUUCCACUCCUUCCCAUCAGUCAGCCAGUCCAGAGGAUGCUUGGGUGGGUGGGGGCUGGAGGAAGGGACUGCACAGGAAAGGAUGACUCCAUUGUUGCUGUGUUGCCAUGAAGAGUAUGGAGUCAAGGCUGGGUGCGGUGGCUCACACCUGUAAC